AUGUCAGAAGGUGGAUCUAACUUCAGUGUGGGACAAAGACAGCUUGUCUGUCUUGCUAGAGCUAUUCUUCGCAAUAAUAAAUUACUUGUCCUGGAUGAAGCUACAGCCAAUGUGGACCCCCAGACAGACAGUCUGAUACAGAAAACCAUCCGAAAGAAGUUUGUCGAUUGUACUGUGCUAACAAUAGCCCACAGAUUGAAUACGGUGAUGGAUUCUGAUAAGGUUAUGGUAAUGGAUGCUGGUAUGAUGAAGGAGUUGGAUCAUCCAUAUUUGCUACUGGAAAACCAUGAUAGCAUCUUUUUUGGUAUGGUCCAACAAACGGGUAGGGCCAUGGCAGAAACGCUCUAUAAUGUGGCUAAACAGAACUACGAGCAACUACAUGCAAGUUGA